AUGCCAAAUGAAGACCUAUUCGUUAAUGACAAUGAUGCGGACACGUACAAAAAGUUUAGGUUUGAAAAUUUUCAACCUAAAAAAGAGCAGUGGGAUUAUUACUUGCAGCGUUUUGAAUUGGAGUUGGAAAUACGUGGACUAAUGGGAAAUGAUUCGGCGGAGCAUUCUACGCGCUAUGUUCGUGACGAUAGCGAUAGUGAACAAACUUCAUCUGAAUCUGAAAGUAUAACAGAAUCGGACGAUGAAAUGAAGAACAAGGCGAUACGUAACGUGAGAAAAGACGGCCCUGCCACAAAAGUACUUUUGCCGGUCUACAUAAACAAAGAAAAAAUUGAAAUGUUAUAUGAUUCAGGCUCAGUUCACGCUGUUGUCGGGAAGACUACAUGGAAACAAAUUGGUGAACCACAGUUAUUCCGAACCUCAGAUUUAAUAGCGUAUGGUGAGAAACCAAUAAAGACUUUGGGAAAAUCCUUGGUAACAGUUAAAGCUUUUAAUAAUAAACUAAAUUUACCGCUUUAUGUUACCGAACAAGAUGAUGUUCCACUUUUCGGUUUAGAUUGGUGUCUAGCUUUUAAAUUACCACUACCUCCGGGGGCAAAAAUUUGUCAUCUGAAACAAAUGAGUGUCUCUAACAAUAUUGAAGAGGGAGAAACGAAUUCUAUAAUCGAUCAAUUGCAAAAAGAAUUUCCAUUACUUUUUGAAGAUCGUCUGGGUGCUAUAAAAGGGCAUCAAGCCAGAAUACAUAUUAAAAGUGAUGUUAUACCGAAAGCUUUUCGUCCCAGAAAUAUUCCUUUAGCAUUGCAGGACCAAGUGGCUGCAGAACUAAAUAGGCUGGUGGUGGAGGGUGUUCUAGAACCAGUGGACACAACGGUCACUCCAAUUUCAUGGGCCUCUUCUAUCGUAGUAGCCUUAAAAUCGAAUGGAAAGCUGAGAAUAUGUGCAGAUUUCAAAGUUACGAUAAACAAGCAUGUUCAAAUUGAUGACUACCCCUUACCACGUUUCGAAGACAUCACUUCAAAACUUUCGAGAGGGAAAUAUUUUUCAAAAAUUGAUUUAAAGGAUGCCUAUUUGCAAAUGGAAGUUCAUCCAGACUGCCGGAAAUAUUUAGUCAUUUCCAAACCAAAAGGGUACUUCGCUUACAAGCGUUUACCAUUCGGAAUUAGUUUUGCCCCAUCUCUAUUUCAACGUACAAUGGACCAGAUACUUUCCGGUUUAGAAGGAGUUGUAUGUUUCCUUGAUGACAUUAUGAUAACAGCUCCGAAUGUGUCUACGCACAUGGAUCGGCUUAAAAUGGUUUUACGUCGAUUACAAGCAGCUGGAAUAAAGACCCAAAAAUCAAAAUGCGAUUGGUUGAAAAACAGUAUUACGUAUUUGGGCCACCGAAUAGAUGAAAAUGGCCUGCAUCCCACUGAAGACCGUAUUGAAGCAAUAAAGAAAAUGCCUUUACCCAUAAAUACAACACAGUUAAGAUCGUUUCUUGGAACAAUCACCUAUUAUGGCCGAUUCAUAGAAAAUUUUCAUGUAAUAUAUGUGUUCCGCUCCAUCGACAUUUGA